ACGUCAUCGACGUGCGCCGCGAUCGGUCUGCGACCAUAACAACGCCUGAUAACCCUCACUUUUAUCGAUAUCAAUGAUAGAGGAAUAUUGAUCGGAAUUCAUUCGCACAGCCUUACAGGUCCUGCACACCUCAUCCUCGAGACGGACACACGAAAAGUACAUCCAAACUGCCCAGACUUCCAGUCCCAGGACCCAAACUCCCGAUGGUGGCAUCGUGCUGAAGAGCGUGGAGAGGAUCCCGGGAGGAAUGGGGUAGAGUUUGCCAUGAGGGUCCCGGCACCGAACCGCUCCGAUCGGGCAGAAUCCGGCUCCGGGGAGAUGCCUGAAAAUGGCCGCUCCAGGAGGAAACGUGUGCCGAAGACGUGCGACUGCUGCGGUCCCAACGGGAAGCCUCACGCGCCCGGACACGAGCAGGUCUCCAAGAAACGCGGACGCAAGAAGAAGGACGUGGUGAGCCAAGAAGAGGUGGCGGCGGAGGAGGUGGUGAGCACGUCAGGGGUCGUGACGUUAGACCCGGUGGAUGCCGGCACUGUGUCUGAGAUGGAGGAGGCUCCGUCUCCCAGAGGACAGCCAGACUUCUCCCAAACGGAGAGAGCGAGUGAAAGCACGCUCGUGGUGAAUGGCUCGGAGAACAGUGAUCAUACGCAUCCCAGCGACACCACAGAGCUGAGCGCUUCUCAAACACUGAAGAAACCCUGGGAUUCUUCCCUGAGCAGCGCAGAGCCGGAUGCGAUGGAGACCGAGCCGUCGAGCUGGAGCGCUCAUGUGAAGCAGGCGUCCUGGGACCACCACUACUGCAGACCCCCCGGCGGCACGGGCGGGACGGGCCCGGCGCCGGCACCGCCUCCGGCAGAGUUCACCACCGAGGGCAUCAUCGACUGCAUUCACGAAUUCCUCGAGCAGUUCUAUGGGAAAUACGCCAGCUUCGCCCCGUUGAGUGAUGCCGAUGUCCUCGAUCACCUGAACAAGAUCUUUCGGUCGGAUCUCAGCGACAGGAUGAAGCUGAUCACAGCAGAAGUGUCCAAGUACAGGGCUGGGCUGGCUUGUGCUCCUAUGCAGUUCUUCCAAGUGACCUACAACAAGCACACUUUGACCUUAGAUGACCUUUCAACACUCGAUGACCAAAACUGGGUCAAUGAUCAGGUGAUUAACAUGUAUGGAGAGUUGAUCAUGGAAGCUACAAACCAUAAGGUUCAUUUCUUCAACAGUUUUUUUUACCGGCAGUUUGUAGCAAAAGGUUAUGAAGGCGUGAGGCGGUGGACCAAAAAGGUUGAUCUGUUUUCUAAGACUCUGAUUCUGAUUCCUCUUCACCUGGAGAUCCACUGGUCGCUCAUCACCGUGGACGUCUCCAAGCAGAACAUCAACUUCUACGACUCGCAGGGCAUCCUCUUCAAGUUCGCUGUGGACAACGUCCUGAAAUACAUCCUGGCAGAAGCCAAGGAGAAGAAGCAACUGGGCUUUCAGAAGGGCUGGAAGAUGGUCGUCAACAAGACCAUUCCACAGCAGAAGAACGACAACGACUGUGGGGUUUUUGUCUUGGAGUACUGCAAGUGCCUGGCGUUCCUGAAGCCGCUGCUGUUCACUCAAGAGGACAUGCCACGCGUCCGCAAGAGGAUCUACAGAGAGCUCUGCGACUGCACACUGUCUGACUGCUCGAGCCCAGACAAACCCACACAGACCUGAAGACUCGGACUCGCGUCUGGAUGAGGAACGGCACGCAGGAACUGGCUUCAGUGCAAGACAAACACAUCCAAAGCUCUGAUCAGGCAAAGCUGGAGAUUCCCAAUAUAUGAGCCUGCCGAAACACCGGAGAGGCUUGCUGGACUUCUUUCGGGUUGCGUUUACCUCUUCGCUUGACAUCGGCAGUGCAGACAUGCCUUUACCCAGCGUCCUCAACCUCGAGUUCAACGGCGGCUGUGACCGCUUCUCAGAGAACAAGUGGAUGUUCACGAACGAGAAAACCCUCCGCGAUGGAGAAAUCGUUAACUGGCAACCACAAAGAUUCAAGACCUCACAAGCGUGUGGAUAUUAUUAUUUUUUACUUAUUUUAAAACAUCAUUCAUCCUUGCAUCUUAUA